AUGAAGCUCUCGCCGUCGGCCAGCGGUGGCCUCCAGGACCAGCCGGCGUCGCCGGAAGAAGCUGAAGAGCACAAGUGCCUAAAUUCUGAGUUGUGGCAUGCAUGUGCCGGCCCUCUUGUUUCAUUGCCUGCGGUCGGUAGUCGAGUGGUGUAUUUUCCUCAAGGCCACGGUGAGCAGGUAGCAGCAUCGACAAAUAAGGAAAUGGAGGCUCAGAUCCCCAACUAUCCUAGCCUGCCUCCGCAGCUUAUAUGCCAACUUCAUAAUGUGACCAUGCAUGCUGAUGCUGAGACAGAUGAGGUGUAUGCACAGAUGACACUACAGCCACUCAGCCCACAAGAGCUCAAGGACCCAUUUUUGCCUGCUGAGUUAGGCACUGCCAGCAAGCAGCCAACAAAUUAUUUUUGUAAAACACUAACUGCAAGUGAUACAAGUACACAUGGUGGAUUCUCUGUUCCACGCCGAGCAGCAGAGAAGGUGUUUCCUCCACUGGAUUUCAAUCAGCAGCCUCCUGCACAAGAGUUGAUUGCAAAAGAUCUUCAUGGCAACGAUUGGAAAUUUCGCCAUAUUUUUCGGGGUCAACCAAAGCGGCAUCUUCUGACAACAGGUUGGAGUGUCUUUGUUAGUGCAAAGAGACUGGUUGCUGGCGACUCUGUCCUUUUUAUCUGGAAUGACAACAACCAGCUGCUUCUGGGAAUUCGCCGGGCAAACAGACCACAAACUGUCAUGCCAUCAUCAGUACUUUCUAGUGAUAGCAUGCAUAUUGGUCUGCUUGCUGCAGCAGCUCAUGCUGCAUCAACAAAUAGCCGCUUUACUAUUUUCUAUAAUCCAAGAGCAAGCCCUUGUGAAUUCGUCAUACCCAUGGCUAAGUAUGUGAAAGCUGUGUACCAUACCCGUAUAUCUGUGGGUAUGCGUUUCCGGAUGCUUUUUGAGACAGAGGAAUCUAGUGUAAGGCGUUACAUGGGGACAAUUACAGGAAUAAGUGAUCUUGAUCCUGUUCGCUGGCCGAACUCGCACUGGCGCUCGGUAAAGGUUGGAUGGGACGAGUCAACUGCUGGAGAGAAGCAGCCAAGGGUAUCUCUUUGGGAGAUUGAACCGUUGACAACUUUUCCAAUGUAUCCAUCUCCUUUUGCUCUUGGAUUAAAGCGCCCAUGGCCUACAGGCCUGCCUUCUUUAUAUGGUGGAAGGGAUGAUGGCUUGACCUCUUCUCUUCUGUGGCUUCGAGACAGGGCAAACCCGGGUUUCCAGUCACUGAAUUUCAGCGGGCUUGGUACAAGUCCCUGGAUGCAGCCUAGGCUGGAUAAUUCCCUACUUGGUCUCCAAUCUGACAUGUACCAGACCAUAGCAGCAGCAGCAGCAUUACAAAGCACUAUGAAGCAAGUUUCGCCUUCAGUAAUGCAGUUCCAACAGCCUCAGAAUAUUGUUGAUAGAUCUGCUCUUCUAUCAAGUCAGAUUCUGCAGCAAGUACAACCUCAGUUUCAGCAAAUUUACCCCCAAAAUCUCAAUGAAAACAAAAUUCAAGGCCAUACACAACCUGAGUACCUCCAACAGCAGCUUCAACGCUGCCAAUCAUUUAAUGAGCAGAAGCCUCCGCUUCAUCCACAGCAGCAGCAGCAGGAAUCACAGCAGCAGCAAUGUGUGCAAACACCACAGGAUCAACAAAUGCAACAACAGAAGCAUCUGCACAACUUUCACUCCUUGCCAGAUGCAUUAUCGGCUUUUUCUCAACUUUCCUCAGCCACUCACUCCCCAUCUUCCACAUUGCAGGCAGUUCCAACAUUCUCGCAUCAACAAAACUUUCCAGAUACAAACAUUAGCUCUCUCUCACCAUCUAGUGGCUCUUCCAUGCAUGGCAUGUUGGGGCAAUUACCUUCUGAAGCAGCUUCGAGCCUCCCAUGUGGUGCAAUAAACACCCCUGUAUCGGUGUCUGACCCAUGGUCAUCUAAGAGAGUUGCAGUGGAGUCUGUUAACCCUUCUCGUCCUCAUGUUGUUUCACCACAGAUGAAACAAUUGGAUAUGGCAUCAUGUAACAUGCCACAAAGCUCUGCAUUAGCACCAUUACCUGGACGAGAAUGCUUAGUGGAUCAAGAUGGGAGCUCUGAUCCUCAAAAUCACCUCUUAUUUGGUGUUAACAUAGACUCCCAGUCACUUUUGAUGCAAGGUGGCAUUCCAAGCCUUCAGAAUGAUAACAGUUCAGACACGAUUCCUUACUCAACCUCCAAUUUCCUGAGCCCUUCUCAGAAUGGUUUCCCCUCUAAUCAACCACUACAUAGUGCGGGCUGCUUAGAUGAGUCAGGUUAUGUUCCAUGUGCAGAGAAUUCUGAACAAGCAAAUCAACAGUUUGCAACCUUUGUGAAGGUUUACAAGUCUGGAACCGUUGGAAGGUUGCUGGAUAUCACUAGAUUCAGUAGUUAUGAUGAACUUCGUAGUGAGGUGGGGCGUCUAUUUGGCCUUGAGGGCCAGUUGGAAGACCCUUUGAGAUCAGGCUGGCAGCUUGUAUUUGUUGACAGAGAGGACGAUGUCCUUCUAGUUGGCGAUGACCCAUGGCAGGAAUUUGUGAACAGUGUGUCCUGUAUAAAGAUACUUUCACCGGAGGAGGUUCAGCGGAUGGGCAAGCCAGGCAUUCAGCUCUUGAGCUCGGCUCCUUCAAGAAGGCUGAGCAAUGGCUGCGACAGCUAUGUGAGCAUGCAGGAAUCGAUAAGCCUGAGCACUGGGAUGGCGCCAGUGGGUUCGGUCGAGUUCUGA